AUGAGCUGGUUGGUGUCCCGAGUGUCAGCGGUCCGGGUCCCGGCCGUCCUCCGCCUGCUGUGUAGCAGCUCCCGGGAGCACCUGGAGGGUCUGGUGAAGAAGGACAAGGUGGUGGUGUUCAUGAAGGGGACCCCGGCGCAGCCGAUGUGCGGCUUCAGCAACGCCGUGGUGCAGAUCCUCCGCAUGCACGGGGUGGAGGGCUACGCCGCCUACAAUGUGCUGGAGGACCAGGACCUCCGACAGGGGGUGAAGAGUUUCUCCAACUGGCCCACCAUCCCACAAGUCUUCCUGAACGGGGAGUUCGUCGGAGGCUGCGACAUUCUUCUUCAGAUGCACCAGAACGGAGACCUGGUGGAGGAACUGAAAAAGCUGGGCAUUCGUUCUGCGCUGCUGGACGCCGAGUCGAGUCAGGAGAGGAAGUAG